ACCAGAAAUGGAGCGCAGUGAGGUUCAAUCUCCUCAAGGUGAAACUGCAAGAAUUUUGGUGGAAUUCUUGGAGGUGGCAGUCACUUCAAUUGUUUUCCUCAAGGAAGUUUAUCCUGCUGGUGCUUUUGAAAGAAGAAGGUAUAUGAAUGUGGUGGUUCAGAGGGCUCGCCACCCGGAACUGAGAGAGUAUAUUCAUUCUGCUGUUAAUGGUCUUCUUCCUUUUAUCCAAAAGGGACAGGUGGAGAGAGUAGCAGUUAUUUUCUUCAAUGCUGACAACAUCCCGGUGGAGAGAUAUAUUUUCAAGCUCAUGUUUAACCAAUCUUAUGGCUCAAAGGUGGAAGAAGGCGAACUGGAGUUCUCACUUAGGUCUUUCUUGACCAAACUUUUGGUGUCACAAUCCCUCUCAAAGGUUCUUCCAAAUGGUUGCCGGUGGGAGAUAACAGCAUACUUCCGUUCCCUUCCUCAGGUUGAUACAAGCAAGGAUGCAGAAUUUUGGAUCCCUACAAAUACACAGCAAUGGCAGCAACCUCCACUAAUAACUCCUAUCAAGUCAAUGAACAGUGACCCUUUGAAUGUGCAGUUAUAUUUGGAACAUCCAAGUUUCUCGGAAACAAAGUCUUAAAGGAGGAACUACAGCAGUUACAGAUGUAUGCUGUAGGUAACUUACACAUUUUUCUACUUUUCCUGCAAUGCCUUUUAUGUGAUAAGAGAGAUUUUUAGGUAGUGAUCAUUUGCGCGGCAAACUGUGAUAGAGAAAUUAUGAAUAUAAUCAUUUGCGGUGCAAAGGCUCUCCUCUUGAGGAUGGUUUACUCUAAGCAACCUAGUGUACAUUUUACUUUUUCAUCUGGAGUACCUGUAUGAGAUACCAGUACCACUCCUAAGAAAAAGUAGACGGUAUGUUACUUGAUCAUACUGUAUAGGUGUACUAGUUUUCAAUAGGUUGUCAAUAGGUUGAAGCUGUUUUCUUGAGCUGCAAAGUGUUUAAUGAACAUCGGAUUUGUUUUGAUUAACCCAACAGAUGGACUGAGAUAAUGCUAUUGAAAAAAACAUUUACAUGUUUAAUGAAAUUUAUUAGC